AUGCAUGCAUUGACAGAAGGCUUUGCCAAUACCCAGACCGGCUGUGCUAUGGAUACAAUCUCGCCGACUACACUACAACUACAAUGUCAAGGUUUAUCUUCCUCCGAGAUCAUCAGCUGUUGUGAAGACUACCUCCAAACCGCGACUCGACGGAAAGAGGAGGAGGAGGACAAAUGGACCUGCACGGCCAGUGCCAUUGCUGAAUACGUUGAGGGGCUCAUCCGGCAGGAUCAGCUGGAUGAAACGUCGCUCCACGGCUGGAACCAGCUCGUACAAGAACAUUAUGGAGGGGAAAUCGGGCUCAAAGGGGUACGAAAUGCGGCCUACAGUUUACAAGAACGCUGUGAAGCUUCAAGCAAGGAGAUCCUGGAAAAUUGGGGAGUGUGGUACGACCGCGUCUUGGAACCUGAAUGGAUCGCCCAGAAACGUCCGUCGAAACAUCUCCUCGCCGCUCUUGCGCGAUUUUCGGCCUGUUGCCCCUACAAGGAAGCACAGAUGGCGCUCAAGAAGGAAAUCGAAGCGCGGGCUGCUCUACCCGCUCAUCUGUCCCGCGGUAGGAGUAGGAAGAAGGUCCUGACUGUUGCUGACGUUCUGGCUGCCUCUCGAGUACACACCGAAAUCUCUCUACAGGGGAGUCACAGCUCUUCUCUUCGAGCAGAAGAUGAGGACCCCAGGAGCGAUAGAUCCAAUUCAGAAUCUAUGAAGACAGACGCUAAUGCUUCAUCUUUGGUUCGUAAUGACACCGUUCGCUAUGCAAACAUCGCCAGCCGAAAACGGAGGAGGAAGGGUCCAAGAGAUGGAACAUAUGUUGAUCCCACAGGAAACAAGAGACUCUGUCGGAUUGUACGCGACGAUGAGAUUGACCAAGGCGCUAUGGAGAAUCAGCAAUAUCAUCUUCGAGGAGACGAUGCAGAUGAUGUAGAUGACGAGCGUUCGAUCGAGCUGCCUCGAGAACGCUUCCCAGAUCUGCCGGAUAUGGACCUUGACUCCCAUCCAUUCUCUCCACACAGGGAUAUUGAAGAGGGGUUCGAGAACCCGAGUGUUCUGGGGGACGAUCUCAACGAUUGCUUGACCAAGAGCAACAUGACCGCUGGUAUCAAAUGGCCUUCUUCACCCGCAACGGAGACCCUCGAUAGUUCCAUUGCGCGCCGCUUUGAUCUGAACGGGAUUCUGACGGAGAACGUUGAGGUACCAUCACUGAACAACAUACCAAGUCUUGAUUCUUCCAGCUCAACGGAAAGCCCUCGGCAAGGUCAACCAGUACCUCCUACAAUCAUACAAAGAUCUCAAAUCCGCAGUCCAGACCACACUAGCUCCUUAGAGUCUGUUCGAGAAAAUUCGGUAAUGGACGAGCUCUUGCCUAGUACGGAUCGACUGGGCGCUUCAGACACGUUACAACCGGGGCAAUGGCUCUCGGCGACCGCAAUCGAGCUUGUACUCAGUCAUUGGCACCACCAAGAGGACUUUCGCUUGGUGGACAGCUCCUAUCUAGACGUCAACCAUCCGGAGGAGAUUUUCAAAAAACCGCCCUUACGGCUGAUGGGAGCAUUACGGUUACUCUUAACUCUACACCAUGGCAAUCACUGGACAUUAUUACUCUUCGAUUUCGACCAGCGCACGGUCCAUCACUAUGAUUCCCUCGCGGCCGCGUCGUCUUGCGCGGAUGCACGCCGGGCAGCUUUUUGCGUCGUCGAGCAUCUUGGAGAGGACAAAGAAUCAUUUGCCUUCACUUCCGACAGUGUGUAUAGGCAAGAAAACGGGUAUGACUGCGGAGUUUGCGUACUGGUCAUGGCGCUACACUUGCUGGUGAAUAUGCGAAUACCUACGACGUACGACUGCAGUCUCUGGAGGGUCAUAUUCAUAGCCUUGCUGAGAGGUGAGGAGCCAGUGGAGCCUUUGAAGGCAUACACCACAGCGCCAGCACCCUUGAUGAUAGAUGAUCUGCAAGCAAGCGUCAAGGAUAAGAGCCAAUUCCAAAACAUGGACGUUGAGAAUCUUCGGAACCAAUGCAACACACAUCAAGCUCGCUGCAUGGAUGCAAAACACGCCAGAGAUGAUGCCGAAGCUACGGUGACACUGUUGGACGCCUUCAUGAAGGGUUGCUAUGAACACGAUGCAAUCCUACGGACGCGGCGAACGGAGAUGCAGACGGAGCUCAGCGCUAUCAAUGGAUUUGUAGAUCGGUACGCUACAUUUAAAUACGGUCAAACAGCGUCUACCAUGCGAGCGCUGGAAUCGAAUCAAAUUACAGCGCAAAGUGCCGUCGACAGGGUCGACCGUCGUAUUCACAUGCUUGAGGAAGGGAACAACGGGCGCGACUUGGCUUUGAGAACAGGGAAGGAAAUCCAUAUGCAUCAUCGGAAUUGCUACGAGAAGCUUAGAGUCGCAGGGCGAGACGCCUCUCGCGCCUUGCAUGAGCUUGUUCAGAAGCAGAGAGCGAUCAUUGAUGAAAUGGAGGAUAUACAGCGAAGAUGGACCGUCUCUCUGGAGGCAUGA